AUGAAGCUGACUUACCGUAAAGACAGCGCUGGUCAAUUAACUGGCUAUUGUGAUGCGGGCUGGGCUGGCGACCAAGAUGAACGUCGUUCAACAACUGGGUAUAUUUUCCGUCUACAAGGAGGCGCUAUUUCGUGGGCCACUCGUAAGCAGCCUACGAUUGCCUUGUCGUCUACGGAAGCUGAGUUUAUGUCUCUUGUUGCGGCAAUACAAGAAGCACUCUGGCUUAAACGUUUUGAGGGAGAACUCUUUAAUGACGUCCAGAGAUCAAUACAACUUUUCUGCGAUAAUCAAGGCGCUAUAAAACUAGCUAUCAACAACAAUUUUCCCGCACGAACCAAACACAUUGACGUGAAAAAUUACUUCAUACGCGAAAAGCUUGCAGAAGGCUGA